GACGUUACUUCUCUCUUCCGUUUCCCAAAAGCCCUCUGAUCUUCAUUUUCUGUAAUCCCUGUUAUCUCAGCAACUGACGUCAAUCCGCGCUCACAUCCUCAGCAGCCAUGAGCACUCCCGCUCUCUCCGGGGGCACGAGCCUUUUUUCUGGGUUUACUCGUUUGUGCAAAGGCCUAGCGGUGGUACUGGUGGGUGGUCACAUUGCGAUUCAGGUUUUCCCUUCAGCUGUUGCUUACCUAGCCCUUAUUCCCGCCAGAACUAUCCCUUUUGCCUGGAACCUGAUUUCAGCUGGUUAUAUUGAACAAUCCAUUUAUGGGGCAAUUGUCAGCACCAUUGGUCUCCUUUUCAUUGGAAAGCUGCUUGAACCUGUAUGGGGUUCCAGGGAAUUUUUAAAGUUCAUUUUUGUGGUUAACUUUCUGACUUCUGUGUGUAUUUUCAUCACCGCCAUUGCCUUGUACUAUAUUACAAGACAAGAAAUUUACCUGUAUAUGCCAUUUUCUGGAUUUCAUGGAGUUCUUUCUGGCUUCUUGGUUGGCAUCAAGCAGAUGAUGCCGGAUCAAGAACUGCCUCUCCUUAAGAUAAAAGUGAAGUGGUUACCAUCCAUUGCUUUACUUCUUUCGAUUGCUUUGAGCUUCUGGACACUAGAGGCAGUAUCAUAUCUUCCCACUGUAAUAUUUGGGACGUACAUUAGCUGGAUUUACCUUAGGUACUGGCAGAGGAGAGUAGAGACAAAACUUAAGGGUGACCCAAGUGACGACUUUGCUUUCUCCACAUUUUUCCCAGAAUUUUUGAGACCAGUCAUAGACCCUAUUGCGUCAAUAUUUCAUCGCAUGCUCUGUGGAAGAUCUGAUGCCUCUAAUGAUCCCCAAGGUCACACUCUUGGGGGUGAACCUUUGCCGGGUUCUGACCCCUCUGAGGCAUCCAGGAGACGAGAGAGAGGUGCCCGAGCUCUGGAAGAAAGGUUGGCUGCCAAGAUGUUGGCGACUUCACACAGUGCUGGAGAGUCACGAACUGAUGCUGCUGAGAAUGUAUGAUUCCGAUUUCUUUAGAUUAUGCAGAUUGUUGGUGUUGUAGAAAACUCGCUGGAAGAAUUUGAUGUGGCCACCUCACGGCCACAUGGGAGGUAUUGGUGACCAGGAAGAAGCUUUCAAAAUUGAGAUCGGGCCCGUGGAACUUCGAAAUAAAUGUUACUAAUUUGCAUUUUAAUCCAAUUCUUUUCUUUUUUUGGGUCUUUUCAAAAUGUAGUUUAUGAUGUUCACAUUUGAACCUCACAUAAGUAAUCCACUAACAGAAAUACCGUCAUUGUGUAUAUUUACUAAAUAGCCUCUUAGAAUUGUUAAUUUCCCCAA